AUGGCGACUUCCGGUCAGGGACAGAGCAACUACGAUCUGUCGUUCAAGAUCUUGCUCGUCGGAGAUUCAGCCGUCGGGAAGAGCAGUUUGCUCGUCAGCUUCAUUUCUAAUUCCGUUGAAGAUCUUUCGCCUACCAUAGGUGUGGAUUUUAAAAUCAAGUUUCUCACUGUUGGAGAGAAAAAGUUGAAGCUAACAAUUUGGGACACAGCUGGACAAGAGAGGUUCAGGACAUUGACAAGCUCAUACUACAGAGGUGCACAAGGGAUCAUCCUUGUUUAUGAUGUAACAAGGAGAGAUACAUUUACAAACUUAUCUGAUGUGUGGGCGAAGGAAUUGGAACUCUACUCCACUCAUGAAGAUUGUGUCAAGAUGCUUGUCGGGAACAAAGUUGAUAGAGAAUCUGAACGAGUUGUGAGUAGGGAAGAAGGGAUAACCCUAGCAAAUGAGCUCGGAUGUCUAUUUCACGAGUGUAGUGCUAAAACUCGAGAAAAUGUGGAGCGGUGUUUUGAAGAGCUAACACUGAAGAUUAUGGAGGUACCUAGACUUCUCGAAGAAGGGUCAAAUGUGAAGAGAAAUAUUUUAAAACAGAAACAGGAGUAUCAGGCGCCCCAAGACGGCGGUUGCUGCUCGUAA